AUGACAGUAUCUGACGUGGACAGCAAGUAUAAUGUCAGGCCCUUUGUCGAGGCUCCCCCAAUCGAAGAGGGUAAGCCAGAGGUGAUUAAACUUGAUGCCAUUGAUUUGAGCCAAUUUCAGUACGGUCCUGAGGGGUUGCAGGUUAGAGAAAGAUUGGCAAACCAACUUGAGAAGACCAUAACUGCUUCAGGAUUCUUCAAUGUAAUCAAUUUUGGUUACGAUACACAGAAAUUGGAGUACUUAAAGGCAAUAGCCCAAAGUUUAGUUGAACUUCCAGAAUCUGAAAAGGAGAAGUACUACUCUGGUGCAGCAACUGCAGAGAAAGAUCUGGAAAAUAAAAAGAAAGGAUUAGGUGCUGAAAGAGGUGAAGGAUUCAAGCCUAAGGGAUUUUGGAAAAUGAGCGAAGAUGGGGUUAGAGACUCUAUUGUCCAUUUCAACUUCAGAGACGCAAAAUUGCCUAGCACCUUCAAGUCCAAAGCGAACUCCUACCCAGAAUUAUUUGCUGAGCAUUGGAAGGAGGUUAACGAAUACUAUACAUUUUUACACACUGUAGUAUUGAAAAAGAUCUUAUACUUAUGUGAUAUCAUCUUACAAAUCCCGGAAGGUAGUUUAUACGAAAGAUACUUUACUUUAGCUGAAGACGAGAGUAUCAAAGAUUCGUCUGGUGGGCAUGGGAGGUUUAUGAUGUACCAUCCCUUGACAAAGGAAGAUGCUAGUAGAACAAAGGGAAGUUGGCUUAGAGGCCAUUCCGACAUAUCGGCGUUUUCCCUAAUUACCUCACAGCCAAUCCUUGCAUUGCAAAUUAAAGACUUUGAAACUGGGCAAUGGAAGUAUGUUGACUAUCGCCCUAACUCAUUGGUGUGCAAUAUUGGCGAUGCUUUGGAAUUUUUAACUGGUGGCUACUUCAAAGCCAGUAUCCAUAGAGUCACUUUGCCACCAGAAGUACAAUUGGGGUAUAAACGUUUGGUCCUAAUUGACUUCAUCAACCCAAGGGAAGACACAAUUAUCCACCCAAAAUCGCUAGACUCAGCCAAGCUCAAAAGUCUUGGCUUACAUGAACGGCCAGAAUGGGAUGAGAUUACCUAUAAACAAUGGGAUGAUGUCAAGGGGAAGUUACUUGGGGAAGACAGAGUAGGACAAAGAAAUUUACUUUUCUACUACGGCAGACACAUAGAAAGAUGGCAUCAUAAGGCAGUCAAGGACAAUAUAGACUUAAGUAGUGGAUGA